AUGUUUAGCCAAUAUUGGGCCAAUAUAUGUGUGCUGACUGGGCAUGAUAUCCCUGGUACCAAAGACAUCUACCAGUUUAAAGGAGAUUCCUGUCGCAAUUCUAAAACUGGUACAGAUGUAAGUUCUAACUGUGCUGUUAACAACUAUCUAGCCACAGGAUUUGUAAUGUUGCAAGUGGCCAUAGAAAAUGUUUUAAUGAAGAAUGCAGGCCUUACAUCCUUUGAUUUUAAAUCACGAGUAAUUCAACUUCAACUAAUGGACAAGGACAGAUUUAACCCAGACACGAGUUACAUCCAAACCUUAUCCUCCAUCUACUUUGUUUUCUCCUUCUCUAUACUAGCCAAUUUUCUGGCUGUAAAUAUUGUGGCAGAGAAGGAAAAGAAAAUCAAAGAAGGAAUGCUAAUGAUGGGCUUGAGAACUUCAGUAUUUUGGUUAUCCUGGGCUCUGAUAUACCUGGUCAUGGUCAUCCUAGCUUCUGGGCUGAUGAUUGCUUUCAUAGUCGUCUCAAAGUUCUUUCAAAGGAGCAACAUGUUACUUCUGUACCUGAUCUUCAUCUUGUAUGGGUGCUCUUCUAUUGCCCUGGCGUUCAUGUUGACCCCAUUUUUUAAGAAGUCCAAAGUGGCCGGGGUUGUGACUGGUUUCUCCACUGUCAUCAUCAGCUGUUUACACUUGGUUGUCAGCCAAACUAGAGAUCCCAGUAGCUAUGAUUCUAAGCUGUCACCUGGGGUUGAAUGGCUGAUGUGCUUGUUGUCUCCCUUGGCAUUUUCUUCCGUUAUAGAUAAGGGAAUUUUCCUGGACAUUCAAUACAAUGGAUUUGGUUUUGAUGACUCUUUAACUUUUGGAAAAUUUCCUCUCUAUGCCCCUAUCUUGAUGCUCAUCGUGGACACCAUUCUUUACUCAUUGUUAACAGUUUAUUUUGACAACGUUAUUCCAGGUGAAUAUGGAGUCAGAUACUCGCCUUUUUACUUCCUCAAGGCUUCCUACUGGUGCUCAUCUUCAAUUAAUCGACAAGAGUCACUCAGGCGUAUAAGUGCGUCAGAGAACAGAUUGGAGAAUUCAGAUGUGGAACCUGUUUCUAAAGAGAUGGAAGUGAAAGUUGGCUUAAGAAUUUCUUCCUUGACCAAAUCCUUUGUGCAGAACAAAAAGACAAUGAAGGCUGUAAAUGAUUUUACUUUAGACAUAUAUGAAAGUCAAAUUACUUGUCUCUUGGGCCAUAAUGGAGCAGGAAAAUCUACCCUUAUUAACAUGUUGACAGGAGUAGUGCCUCCUACAUCAGGAACUGCAACAAUAAUGGGCUUGAAAAUUACAGACAAUAAACAACUAGAGUAUAUAAGAAAUCUUUGUGGCAUAUGCCCUCAACAUAACAUUCUUUAUGAUGAUUUGUCAUGUGCUGAACAUUUAAAGAUGUUUGCCAACAUCAAAGGAGUUCCUGAACAUCUAAUCAACAUGCGAAUUGAGUCAGCUUUGAAGGAAGUAGAUUUGUCUGACCAGACUCACACAUUUGCUCAAAAUCUCAGUGGAGGCCAAAAGAGGAAACUCUCAGUUGCUAUUGCAUUGAUUGGGGAUCCAAAAUUGAUCUUCCUGGAUGAACCAACAGCGGGCAUGGAUCCCUUCUCUCGUAGACACCUUUGGUCUCUUUUAAAAAAGAAAAAAGAAGGCAGAGUUAUUCUUCUGACCACCCACUUUAUGGAUGAGGCAGACAUCUUAUCAGACAGGAAAGCUUUUAUCCGCAAUGGAAAACUACGCUGCUGUGGAUCCUCCAUGUUCUUAAAGAAAAAAUUCGGUAUAGGCUACCAUCUCACGAUGGUUACAGCCCCUGGAUGUCAGGUUGAUGAAGUUACAUCAAUGCUGACUUCUGUAAUACCCAGCACAAAACACCAAAGAACUCAUGGGAAAGAAAUCGCUUACACUAUGUCACUUAAUGAUGUACCUAAUUUUUCAACCAUGUUUGAUGUAAUUGACAGAAAUGCUUUGAACUUGGGCAUUGAAGGCUACGGGGUCUCCAUGACAACAUUAGAAGAGGUCUUCUUAAACCUGGAGACAGAUGAAUUUAUGGAGCCAAAUGAAUAUGAUAUGGCCCAAGUGAAUCUCAGCUACAACCUGGCUGAAGAUGCCACAGAAGUUAACAUACAGAGCCCAGACAAUAUUGACUUAGAAAUUUUUAAACCAACUGUAAAGGGCGCUAGUUUAUCUUUUCAAAGAUUCAAAGCAAUGUUGAAGAUUUGCUUACUUUUAGUCAUACGCUGCUUGAUUUCUCUCAUCUUUCAAAUAUUAUUACCCGUGUUGUUUGUGGUCAUUGGUUUGGUCCUGGCAAAGGUGGAUAAUGUGACCCCAACAGAAUACCCCACGCCUUUACAACUGAACACAUCACACUAUGCCAGUUCUUUAGGUGACACUACUCACCUUCCAGGGCUGUUGGCUUAUGAUGCUGUUGAUUCAGCAAACUCAAAGUAUUUGAUAGAUGAUUGGAAAUCAUAUCUAGCAGUUGACAGCUAUCCAGCUAAGACCAAAAAUACAUCAGCUGUGGCACCACAUUUCUUGGGUCUUCAGAUUAACUCUCUCACACAAAAGGCCUUGACCAACUUUGUGAUCAUCUACAAUGACACAGCACUACACAGUAUUCCUGUUGCAAUCAAUUUUGUCACCCACAGCCUUUUGAGAAUGUUCAACAUAUCCACAUAUAUUGAAGGGAAUAGUUUCCCUUGGCCUGAGGUUUCAGCUGCAAUAAAGUUCAGCAGUAAGGCCAUGUCCUCUGUCUUGAUGGUUGGCUUGGCUUUUGUUACUGUGCUACCAGGUUUUGCUGGGGAUGUAGUUAGGGACAGAGAGUUGAAGCUCAGAGGACAGCUGCGCAUAGCUGGGGUAACAUUUAACCAAUACUGGGGGACCAUUUACCUGGUGGACUUUUUAAUUUACCUCAUACCUUCAGUUAGUGUACUCAUCAUUGUGUUAGCUAUGCAGAUUCCUGGCUUGGAUUCUGAGGGAGCAAUAGCUGCACUUGUCCUGAUAUUUAUCACCAACAUACCAUCCAACAUUCUACUGGCACUUGUGCUCUCCUUUCUCUUUGAUAAAGCCGAAUCAUGCUACGCAUACCUCUCACAGAUUUUAACUAUGGUUUGUUUGUUGCCUUACCUCACAGUCUCACUUGUUGAUAUGUUAGCACAUAGUGAAGCUGCCACAGUCAUCCAUUACAUCUUUUGUAUUUUUGAUCCUCCGUAUACCAUCUUUGGGGGCAUCUACUACAUCAGUCGGAUAUAUUUGGUAGCUACACUAAGUCGAAAGGAGAUUUCCACAAGUGAUUACUUCAAGUUUGAAAACCACAUUGUCAUAACCAUCAUUAUGCCUUUGAUUAAUUUCAUUUGGAUGUUUUGGCUGCUGCAUGUAUUGGAUGUCAAAAAAAUGGGAGGAGAUUUCAAGGAAGCUUUUCCAUGCUAUUCUAGUACUGUGAGUUAUACUCCAUUAAGGAACAGGGAUAUCAUUGGCGAUGAGGAUGAAGAUGUUAAAGCAGAGAGACUGAGAAUUGAAAGCUUAAAGGCAAAUGCACCCAAGCAACCUGUGGCCUACACCUAUGAACUAAGAAAAGAUUAUGUCAAGAGAACAAACGAAACAAACCUGUUCAAUGCAGGCUCCAUGAAAACAAAAACAGCAGUACGUAACUUGAGCAUUGGUGUGGAUGAAGGUGAGGUCCUGGGUCUGUUGGGACCCAAUGGAGCUGGGAAAACUACAGCUCUCAGUAUGAUCAUAGCAGAGACAAAGCCAACUUGUGGCCAGGUAAUUGUAAAUGGCCACAACAUAAGAUCCCACAUGCUGUCAGUGAUGGCUUGUCUAGGCUACUGUCCACAACAUGAUGCAUUGUGGGAAACUAUCACACUUAAGGAGCACUUAGAGUUUUAUGCAGCUGUCAAAGGGGUUUCCUCGAAACAUAUUGGAAAAGUUGUGAACUAUUAUCUAGAAAAAAUGAACUUAAAGGAACAUAAAAAUAAACAAACAGUAACAUUAUCUGGAGGAACCAAAAGAAAGUUGAGCUACCUUCUAAGCAUACUUGGAUCACCCCAGUUAGUUUUAUUGGAUGAACCAUCUACUGGUCUGGACCCUCAGUCUAAACGUUUUUUGUGGAAUACAAUCAGUGCUGAUUUUAAAAACACAAACAGGGGAGCUAUACUGACAACACAUUACAUGGAAGAGGCUGAUGCCCUGUGUGGACGUGUGGGCAUCAUGGUCAACGGUCAGCUUGAAUGCCUGGGUUCAACCCAACACCUGAAGAACAAAUAUGGCAGUGGAUAUUAUCUUGAUGUUAAACUUGCAGGAAAUGUUUCAUCAGAGAUGGAAGUACGCAUGGAUGAUCUUGAAAAUCACUUGAAAACUUUAUUUCCAGGUCUAGAAAAUGUUGAAAGGUUUCAAGAAAGAGCCCAGUAUUCUAUACCCAAAGAUGAUGUGAAAAAUUUAGGCGAAACAUUUGGUCAUCUUGAAAGUUGUAGAUCUACCCAUGGGCUUGAAGAAUACAAUUUUAGCCAGAGUACACUAGAGCAGGUUUUUCUACAUUUUGCCAAACUUCAGACGGUUGAAGAUGAUGUGAAUGCCAGUGAUAGACCCAAACGUUUGUCUAUACAGAAGUGAGCUGGUUUGUCUUGUCCCACUGGUCGUGAUAUGUCAACACCUGGUGGCUCUAUCAACAUCAGACCAUGGUGUUGUAUCAACACCAAACUGUACCAACACCAGAUUGUAUCAACACCAGAUUGUAUCAACAUUCCUUCAUUGUGUUGUACAACACCAGAUUGUAUCAACACUAGACAAUUGUGUUGUAUUAACACCAGAUUGUAUCAAAACCAGAUUGUAUCAAAACAAGGCCAUUGUGUUGUAUCAACACCAGACUGUAUCAACACUAUUUACUUGAGAGUAUCAAUCGUUACAGACACUUGUUUCAAAUUGUGAAAUGAUUCUUUAAUUAUUUUGCAUUUAAAUAAAUUCAGUG